UGUAAACCAAGCCCUGGGUAUUCUUCUCCGCCUUUGAGAAAAUAAAAGCUGAAACGCUCGGUUUUGAAAAUGCUGGUUUUAUGACGCCAUAAGAGUGAAGGUUACCUCCCUUUUCUCUGCUUUGCCCGCACAGAUAAUUUGGCCCACCAAUGAAAAAAUGAGCUACGACCGUGCGAGCGCGAUAUUGGUUUUCCUCGAGACAUCAUGGCUUGCAAACGACCGAAGCAUGGCAGUUAGCCCCCCCCCCCCCUCUUUCUUCCUCAUAGAAUUUAAAGCUACAGAAACAGCACGUCCUGAGGAAAGCUCAUUGUGGGACUGCUCGUAGUGGCUGUAAUUCUGCACCAAGGCUGAAUUUCGGGAAAGAAACUUCCGAUACAGUAUUAGGGGACCACUAAGGCCUAUAUAAAAGCAUCCAAAGACAGCAUGUCAUGGGAUCUUUAAGUCAUAGAGGUUAGAACAAUUUUUACACCGGAUUGCCCAAUAUCUUCGUUUGAUCCAACUUUUCAACUGAGGCUGCUAUAGCUUAUCACUAUUCCCUCUUGCAGGGGACAUGAGAAGACAACCGUUUCUUCUGCACUUCACUUUUUGUAUUCUGAAUUGUAAAUGAGCAGCAACAAAUGUAUGCUUUUAAAUCUAUGCAAUCUUCAUAAAUAAUAAGUAUGCAUUUUUAUUAGAGCUGUGAAAAAUAACGCGUUAACACGUUAUGAUUAAAUUACAGGAUUAAUUCGUUAUUUUUGUUUAACGCAUUAACGUAAUAUCCACAAAUCCACCCAAUCUGCACUUGUCGCUGCUCUAAUGCAGUCAGACGGCAGCUGCUAUCCAAACAAACAAACAACAUGGAUAAUUCUGAUGAACCUGAGGACCUUAUGGGAAGUUUGUGUUCCAAAAAACAAAGAUGGAACAUUCAAUAAAACCAAAGUGAUAUGCACACUCUGCGAGAAGACGUUAUUGUUUCACCAAAGCAAUACCAGCCUAAAGUAGCUACCACCUCAACGCGAAGCAUGCGUUGGUCGGCGAGGGGAGUUCAAGUAAUGCGCCACCCUCACUGAACAGCGUAGGGCCCUCACUAAGACUGCCUGUGACAAGUUGACUAGCACAGGUGCCAAAUGGAUUGCAAAAAGCUGUAGACCGAUUAAUAUUGUUGAGGAUGAGGGGUUCACCGAAGUUUUGCGAGUGGCAACGGGGGACUCGAGCAUCAAAGCACCGCAAAGUCAAAGACUCACACUAAUGACAACAAUUUUGAAAAUCGGUAAUAUGUGAUUAAUCAUGAUUAAUCCACAGAAACCUAUGAUUAAUUUGAUUAACAUUUUUUAUCAUUUCACAGCCCUAAUUUUAUAUAAAAUAUACAGAAAUAUCAGUUGUAAAAGUUACAGUUAAUACACGGACCCAUCUGAACACCCUACAAUUUCCCCAGAAAUUGUACCCUCUCUAGUUAUCAAAGCAAACCUCACCCUACCACCUUAACUAACACAUUUUCUGCGGGAAACCCUGAUGAACCUUUUAUUCAAAAAUUAUGGAAACCAUCAUCAUAAAGAAGUCAAGUUUUUUAAAGAUAUAAUUCGCCUUUUAUGGCUUUAUUUGGACAGAGACAGGAAAAAUAUAGGGGAGAGUGAGACAUGCAGAAAUAUCCUGAGCUGGAACCGAACCUGGGCAGCUGGCUGUGGGCCUCAGCCCAUAUGGUACGUGUCCUACCCAGUGAGCUACCGGGGCGCCCCACACAGAAGAAAUUUAGGGAGUUUGGUGUGGAAGUUGGCAGGGUGGCAUACAAGUUACUUUAUAGAAUUUAAACUGUCACUUCCAGUUCAGCAACCCUCAUUGAUUGACUUAACUAAACUUACUGUGAAUGCAGACUGAUUUCGUAUCGUCAAACAGCUACGCCGUAACAGUACAGUUAAGUGACUAAACGAUUUCUUGUUCCGUUGUCCUGUCACAUUAAGAAGGAGAAGCCCUUGGGCGACUGGUAUAAGGGCGAGCCAAUGGACACAUCGUCCUCGUCGGGGACGGCCAGCGAGGAAGAGGAGUGGUUGGGGUCUUCAGGCACGCACAGCUCCCCCACCAGUGCUCAGAGUAAGAAGAAGAUCUUCAAGCCUGCGGAGCUGCGGCAGGCCCUCAUGCCCACCCUGGAGGCUCUGUACCGCCAGGACCCUGAGUCCCUGCCCUUCAGACAGCCUGUGGACCCCAUGCUGCUGGGCAUCCCGGACUACUUUGACAUUGUGAAGACCCCCAUGGACCUGUCCAGCAUCAAGAGGAAGCUGGACACGGGCCAGUACCAGGAGCCCUGGCAGUACGUGGACGACAUCUGGCUCAUGUUCAACAACGCCUGGCUGUACAACCGCAAGACGUCGCACUUCUACAAAUACUGCUCAAAGCUGGCCGAGGUGUUCGAGCAGGAGAUCGACCCCGUCAUGCAGGGCAUGGGCUACUGCUGCGGGCGGAACUAUGAGUUUUCGCCCCAGACCCUGUGCUGCUAUAGCAAACAGCUCUGCUCCAUCUCCAGGGACGGUACCUACUACAGCUACCAGAACAGGUACCACUUCUGUGAGAAGUGCUUCAACGAGAUCCAGGGAAACAGUGUCACCCUGGGGGACGACCCUGCACAGCCUCAGACGAUGAUUUGUAAAGACCAGUUUGAGAAGAAGAAGAACGACAUGUUGGACCCUGAGCCGUUUGUUGAAUGUAAGGACUGUGGAAGGAAGAUGCACCAGAUCUGCGUGCUGCACAAUGAUGUAAUCUGGCCGUCUGGCUUCAUCUGUGACAACUGUCUGAAGAAGUCGGACAAGAUGAGAAAGGAGAACAAGUUUGCAGCCAAGAGGUUGCAGACCACACGGCUGGGUAUGUACAUCGAGGACCGGGUGAACAAGUACCUGAAGAGGCAGAACCACCCGGAGGCGGGGGAGGUGUUCGUGCGGGUGGUGGCCAGCUCCGACAAGACGGUGGAGGUGAAGCCGGGCAUGAGGACCAGGUUUGUGGACUCUGGGGAGAUGAUGGAGAGCUUCCCCUACAGAACCAAAGCACUUUUUGCCUUUGAGGAGAUCGACGGCGUGGACGUGUGUUUCUUCGGCAUGCACGUCCAGGAGUAUGGCUCUGAGUGCUCCUUCCCCAACACCAGGCGGGUGUACAUAUCGUACCUGGACAGUAUCCACUUCUUUAAGCCCCGCGGGUUGAGGACUGCCGUCUACCACGAGAUCCUGAUUGGCUACCUGGAGUAUGUCAAGAAACUGGGGUACGUGACGGGUCACAUCUGGGCGUGUCCCCCCAGCGAGGGUGACGACUACAUCUUCCACUGUCACCCCAUGGACCAGAAGAUCCCAAAGUCCAAACGACUGCAGAAGUGGUGCAAGAAGAUGCUGGACAAGGCCUUAGCUGAGAGGAUCCUGCACGACUACAAGGACAUCUUCAAACAGGCGACGGACGACUGCAUCACCAGUGCCAACGAGCUGCCGUACUUCGAGGGCGACUUCUGGCCCAACGUGCUGGAGGAGAGCAUCAAGGAGCUGGAGCAGGAGGAGGAGGAGCGCAAGAAGGAGGAGCACACAGCCUCCUGUGACACCCCUGAGGGAACCCAGGGCGACACCAAGAACGCCAAGAAGAAGAACAACAAGAAGACCAAUAAGAACAAGAGCAGCGUGAGCCGGGCCAGUAAGAAGAAGCCGGGGAUGCCCAACGUGGCCAAUGACCUCUCCCAGAAGCUGUACGCCACCCUGGAGAAGCACAAGGAGGUGUUCUUCGUCAUCCACCUGCACGCGGGCCCCAGCGUCAACACCCUGCCCCCCAUCAUGGACCCCGACCCCCUGCUGACCUGCGACCUGAUGGACGGCCGCGACGCCUUCCUGACGCUGGCGCGGGACAAGCACUGGGAGUUCAGCUCGCUGCGGCGCUGCAAGUGGAGCUCCAUGUGCAUGCUGGUGGAGCUGCACAACCAGGGCCAGGACCGCUUCGUCUACACCUGCAACGAGUGCAAGCACCACGUGGAGACACGCUGGCACUGCACCGUCUGCGAGGACUUUGACCUCUGCAUCAUCUGCUACAACGCCAAGGGCCACGAGCACCAGAUGGUGAAGUGGGGCCUGGGCCUGGACGACGACAGCAACAGCCAGGGCGGCGAGGCGUCCGAGUCCCCCGAGGAGAGCCGGCGCCUCAGCAUCCAGCGCUACAUCCAGUGCCUGGUCCACGCCUGCCAGUGCCGCAACGCCAACUGCUCGCUGCUGUCCUGCCAGAAGAUGAAGCGCGUGGUGCUGCACACCAAGGGCUGCAAGCGCAAGACCAACGGUGGCUGCCCCGUGUGCAAGCAGCUGAUCGCCCUGUGCUGCUACCACGCCAAGCACUGCCAGGAGAACAAGUGCCCUGUGCCCUUCUGCCUCAACAUCAAGCACAAGCUGAGGCAGCAGCAGCUGCAGCACCGCCUCCAGCAGGCCCAGAUGCUGAGGAGGAGGAUGGCCAGCAUGCAGGGGGUAGGCCAGCCCCCCCCAGGACCAGGGGGGGACGGGGGACUAAGCCUGGGCUCCCUCGGAAUCGUACCUGGGGGCCAGCCCAGCACCCCCAACUUGAACCCCCCCAGCCAGAUUGACCCCAGUUCCAUCGAGCGGGCCUACGCAGCCCUGGGCCUCACCUACCAGGGCAACCAGAUGCCUCAGCAGCCCCCCCAGGGCAACAUGGCCAACCAGGGCCUGCCUGGCCAGCCUGGCAUGAGGUCCCUCAACACCAUGGUGUGCAGGCCAUCUUCCCCACCCCGGACCCGGCUGCGCUGAAGGACCGGCGCAUGGAGAACCUGGUGGCCUACGCCAGGAAGGUGGAGGGGGACAUGUACGAGUCAGCCAACAGCAGGGAUGAGUACUACCACCUGUUAGCCGAGGAGAUCUAUAAGAUCCAGAAUGAGCUGGAGGAGAAGAGGAAGACUCGGCUGCAGAAGCAGGACAUGAGUUGAUCAGACGCCACUUAUAUGUUUGAUAAUUUCCUGAUAAUUAUCCAUUAGUGUUUUUUCUGCACAAAUCAAUCAUUCAUUUGAACACUAUUCUCAUCCCUCAUAUUGUUCAUAUGACUCAUCAUGGACAUGCUCUCAGUUUGGAACAAAUUAUUUGUGAUGCACUUGUUUUUUGUCAACGGGAGUUCUCCACAUAACAUUACUGACGCUGAGCAUAUUUCCAAGGCCGGGCUUGGGCCGGGUCUGUCGUACUGUUAGAAAUGUGACUCUUGUUCUGACUCUUGCACUGAAAUGUUUUCUGAAUAGUUUUGUACUGUUUCCCAAUCACUGACCCACAAGACACAUCAAAAAAGAAUUCCAUAGAAUUGCAGUUGCCAGUUUAAGCAUUCAUUUAUUUAUGUAGUAUUGAUUUGAGACUUGAUGCACUAAUCAGUUAAUUUGAUAUAUUUUUGGAUUUCCAGGUGUGAUUGGCUACAUAGAUGGCACUUAAAUUCCUAUCACAGCUCCAUCAGUAAAUUAAGGAGAUUAUGUGAAUAGGAAGUGUUGGGAUGAUGUCAUGAUGGCUGGAAAGAUGGACAACAUUUUAAAAGGGUUGACUUGGUUUAUUAGAGUGAGCUUGGAUCAUUUAAACCAGUCCAGGCAAAGUGGUCACAUGAGUGAGGCCAUGAGUUACAGAAGGCCUUAUAUACAAUGCAGUAUAGUGGGUCAAAUAUAGUUUCCAUAUACAUUUUCCUUACAGGGCACAGCAUGUGGUCCGCAUAUUUGUAUUCUUGACAGGUCAUACCUGACAGAACUCAUCAGUGUGUUGCCCAAUACUCUCUACUCUCUGGCUCCUGCCUGUCUCUAGCAAGAGGCCCUGACCAGUAAAUGUAGCACCUAAAUAGUAGCAUUAGCAUUCUAAAUGAAAGAUACUUCACAAUACAGCAACUGCAGCUUCAUACUCCAACCCACAUCAUCAGCAACGUGGAAGUGUCCUGGGUCUGUGAAUGAUUCGCAAAUAUUUUGUGAGUGUACACUGACCGCUAGAUUUGCUCUUGGUGAAUUUCUAUAUAUAUAUCCUAUUAUAAUGUAUAUUUUGUUUCCUCCUAUUGCAACUGAAAAUGCAAACUGUAUCCUCGUAUUAUCAUGGGAGAUUUUGAUGGUUACCUGCUUGGUGACAGAGGGUACUGUGGAGGAUUUCCUGUGUACUUACAUUAUUCACCAAUCAAUAGAACUAGUUAUUGGAUACUAGUUAAUAUGUUUGCUACUAACAAGUGUAGAUUGUGUCUAUGUGCCAGGCUGAAUAGAUGUUCGGCGUUAGGAGAAAGUACUGGGUAAACGUCCCUUGUGAUGACUACAAGGAGAGCUCCAACUAUGAUCCCUCUCUGCCCUGAGAGUGGUCAAUAGCGGGGAGCUGUGAAUUUAUUUCUCUUUGAUUGUUGUAACAUCAUUACUGCCUAAUUGUCACUAUCUAUGUUUACAUUCUUGUGCCCUAUAAAAGAUGGUCCUCCAGCCUUCAGAGCUGAGAGAGACAUGA